GUUACUCAAACCCUUAGGUAACUCACGACUCAUCACCAGUGGGCUUCAAUUAGCUCAAUCACAGGGUUGCUAGCUGUCACUUGGCGGCCUCUACAGACAGCGUUGCCGUUCGGGUUUGUCAUCUCGACGUCUAGUGGUCAUUGUGACCGUGACCAUCUUUGCCAAGACCAAUCCGUCCGUCUCUUGCCGCGGGGCAUUGCUCAACCCCGAAAUCUUCGACUUCGGGCUUCUUUUCUCUCUCUUCACCCUCAUUGAUUCAAGUAACUCAUCAACAGCAACACCCCAAACAACCGCCCAACAUGCACAUCCUCCUCACCAACGAUGACGGCCCCCCGUCGCCUCACUCCUCCCCUUACGUGCACUCCCUCGUCCACCAACUCCAGCAGGCCGGCCACGUCGUCUCUGUGUGUCUGCCGCACACCCAACGCUCCUGGAUCGGCAAAGCGCACAUGAUCGGCCAGACUGUGAAGCCGCUCUACUAUCGCCCCUCCACGGAGGGCCUCUUCGGUACCGAGGGCACGACCUCGACGCGGCCCUCGGCCACCGGCGCCGACGAUGAGUGGAUCCUCGUCGACGGCACCCCGGCCUCGUGCGUGCAGAUCGGUCUGCAUCACUUCUUCCAGGAGCGCGGCCCCAUCGACCUCGUCGUCAGCGGACCUAACUACGGCCGCAACACGACAGCCGUCUUCGCCCUGAGCUCAGGCACACUGGGCGGCGCUCUCGAGGCCGCCGUCUGUAAGCGCAAGGCCAUCGCCCUGAGCUACGCCUUCUUCUCGCGGAACCAUGACCCCGUCAUCAUUGAAGGUGCGGCGAGACACUCGGUCAAGGUCGUCGAGAAGCUGUAUCAGCAAUGGCCGGCCGGCGACGAGGUUGAUUUGUACAGCGUCAAUGUACCGCUCGUUGAAGGCGUCGAGACGCACAAGACGUACUUUACCAACAUGCUGCAAAACUACUGGCGCGACGGCAGCUGCUUCCAGGAGAUUGAUGGAGAUGUCGGCGAUGAGGACGAGGAGGAGCAGAAGAUCCGAGAGGGGACUGGUGGUGAGGCAUGGGGCGGUGAGAGAGAAAAGACGGAUGGCGAGGGUCCAGGUGGACACAAGCACAAGCACUUCAAGUGGGCGCCGAGAUUCACGGAUGUGUAUCAGAGCGUUGAAGAGGCGGCGCCUGGCAACGAUGGGUGGGCUGUCAAGGAGGGCUACACGAGUGUCACGCCGCUCAAGGCCAAUUUCUGGCAUGCUGCCGAGCAACUUCACCAAAAGGAGUUGAUUCUUGACAGCCCUCAGGUCGAUGGAAUCUCGAAGGAACAUGCUGCGUCCUCGACUAAGCUUCCUAUUAGAAGCGACCCUACCAAGAACGAGCAGCCAGUCGCCGUCACGAACCCAAAGUUCCACGCCUUGAUCAACUACGAGGACCCAUAUGUCCAGCCUCUCAUUCUCGGGGCCAUGCAACGGCUCUUCCCUGGCGCCUACUCCCUCAUCCCGACACCUGCCGGAUCGGCCGGUGCCGGCGCCGUCCUCGCGGCUGCUCUCCCGUCCCCAGACACCAAGAUCCUGCACAUAGCACCGUACGAAUCCCUUGAUUUCGACCACGUCGCCGCGCACCCGUCCACGGCACUCGUCAACAGCUACAUCAUCCGCAAGGCCCUCAUCCGGAAACAUUAUCUCUCGUCGACGGUGGACCACUGGAUCGCGAAACACCCUAGCUCUUCGCUCAAGACGCACGUCAAGCGCGGCGAGCACUUUGAGGUUGACUACGCCGAGUUUCUGGACGACGCGCUCGUCGAGGCGUUUGAUCUACGGGAGAGCAUGGACAGGAACGAGAACAUCGUAGAGGAUGAAGGGGACAAGGACAAUAAGGAGUGGUGGAUAUUGAAGCCGGGGAUGAGUGACCGCGGGCAGGGGAUCCGGCUGUUCAGGUCGAUGGAAGAGUUGCAGGGAAUUUUUGAUGAGUGGGAGGAAGGCAGGCCCGACAGCGACGACGAGGACGAGGACGUGAACGAGGACGAAGAGGUAGCAAAGGUCGAGGGUACAAAGGGAGGUGACUACAUAACGACGUCGCACCUCCGCCAUUUCAUCGCCCAGCCGUACAUCCACCCGCCCCUUCUACUCCCGGGCGACGCACGCAAAUUCCACAUCCGCACGUACGUCCUUUGCGUCGGCAGCCUCGACGUCUACGUUUACAGGCCGAUGCUAGCGCUGUUCGCAGGUAAGGCGUAUCGCGCGCCGUGGGAGGAUGCGGACCUGGACGGUCAUUUGACGAACACCUGCCUCCAGGGCGGGCAGGAGAAUCCCGCUCUGCCGGCCGUGAAGCAGUUCUGGGACCUCGUGGCCUCGGGGGACGAGGAGGACAAGGGCAACCGAGGUCUGCCGGUUGAAACGGCGGAGGGUAUCUUUGAGCGCAUCUGCGAGGUGACGGGAGAUAUAUUCGAGGCGGCAGCGCGCGAGAUGACGAUUCACUUCCAGCCGUUGGGCAACGCAUUUGAAGUCUUCGGCCUUGAUUUUCUGGUGGAUGCCGAGGCGAGGCCGUGGCUGCUCGAGGUGAACUCGUUCCCGGACUUCAAGCAGACAGGUGGGGACCUGAAGGGCGUCGUCGCCGGGUUCUGGGAAGAGUCGCUGAGAACGGCCGUUGGCGGGUUCUUUGGCGUUGAGGCCGAGGGUGCGGCGUCUGGCGAGAUGAUCCGUGUCAGACGGGUCGAGCUCGGGAGACGAUGAGGGAGACGGUCUUGUUACUUGGCAAUCGAAGAUGAGGUGCGUAUACACUUAGAUUCGUCUGAACGGCCAGGCAGAUAGAAGAAAAGAAAAAAAAGAACAACAAGGAUUGAAAAGGCAUAUAUCAUCACGUAUUCUGGGAAGGCCUCUUUAAGAUCCGGACAAGAUGAUGAUGCUAUUCAAUGGGAAACCCCAAUCGGUAUGACACAACAUAUCAAAUACAUACAUACAUCUCUCCUCACCUGGUAUGACAAGGCAGAACUCCCUCUCCAGAGUCUCUGACUUUCUACCGCGCCCACGAGGCUCCGAAAUACCUUGGAAAUCCUGCAUCGUCGUCAUCGUCGUCAGGCAAAGGAAAGAGUGAUGUCGCAAAUCGCCAAGGCGCGAUGAUCUCCAUGCCCCCUUCACUACGCCCUCCAAGGCUGCCAAGAUAACGGGAACUAAGAAUCUUGGCUCUUUUUUUCUGCGCUUUGUAUAUGGGUCUUGGCACUUGGGGAUGGAGGCAUCCGUCCAGGGCCGCAGCACAGUAUCCAACGCUUGCCAAGCGUUGCCAAGAAGGGGCCGCGAAGUACACACACACACACCCAGUCAUCCAUAGAGGGUCAUACCUGUCAUUUUCUGUCCAAGAAUGCCAUUUUUGGAUGACUGGCACUCGUCUUUGUAACUCGUCUUUUUCCUUCGGAUGUUUCCCAAGAUACUAUAAUUGCGAUUGUGGCAGACGAGGCAUUUCCUGGCCCGGCAGCCGGAUAUUGGGGCGUGUAAUGAUUCGAAUUGAUACAACGACAAGACGGCGAGACCGUACCCAUGGGACCGCCGAUCGGGGGUACACAGAGGCCAGGCGCAGGCGCAAUCGCCCUCGGAGCCUUU